AUGGCCUUGCUAGAAUUGUCUUCUCUUUACAGCGUCUCGGCACUUGGCACUGUCUCAGCGAGCCAGGCCUUGAUGGCCAUCACAUUCAUCGGUCUUUUGUACUGGGUCACUGCUGCGGUCUACUCAGUGACGUUUCACCCUCUGUCCAGAUUCCCGGGCCCCUGGUACACCUCCUUGAGCUGUAUUCCAUUUUGGAUCUCUGCUAUCUCUGGACGACAGGUGCAAUGGAUGCAAAAACUCCACUCCAAGUAUGGCCCGGUCGUUCGCUAUGGGCCAAACGAAUUGAGCUACAUGGACGGCAGCGGUGCCGCCUGGAAGGCAAUCCAUGGCCAUGAAAGGGGGGGCCGAGAGUUUCCAAAGGCCAAAGAGUGGUUUGUGGCGCCGUAUAAUGGUGUCUAUGGCAUCAACAGCGCCCCAGCGCAUGAGGAUCACCGUCGCUUCAGGCAGGUUUUCGCACCCGCAUUUUCGGAGCGAGCCUUGAAACGACAGGAGCCGAUUUUCCAGAAGAAUAUUGAUCAGUUGCUUUCAUCAUUGAGUGGAACUUCCGCUGAGGGUCAGAAUGUAAACAUGGUUGAGUUGUACCAAUUCACUGCAUUUGACAUCAUGGGACAUCUCACCUUUGGAGAACCGCUGGGCCUCCUCCAGAGCAACCGAUACUCGAAAUGGGUCGAGUCGGUGUUUGACUCUAUCAAGGCCAUCCCCAUUGCACAGAUAAUUCAAUACUACGGGAUUCUGGAUGUUGCUUUCAAACUUUUGGAGCCGCAAUCUAUCAAGCAAAUGAAAUAUAACCACUUCAAGCACUCUGCCGAUCGUGUUGAUAAGAGACUUCAGAGAAAGUCGGAAGAAGCAGAUAUCUGGAGCUUGGUCCUUGACACAGACCAGCAACUGACACUGGAGGAAAUGCAUUGCCAUGGCGAUGUCUUCAUGUUGGCAGGCAGCGAAACAAUAGGCACGACACUUUCCGGUUUGACAUACUACCUGCUUAGGAACGAAGAAAAGCUAGGUUUGCUCCUGAGAGAGAUCCGCGCCAAGUUUCGGUCUCAGGAGGAAAUCACUUUCCAGAGUGUCGCGGAACUCGUAUAUCUGAACGCAUGUAUCAAGGAAGCACUGAGGCUAUAUCCCCCGGUCCCGGUCGGAGUUCCAAGAGUGGUCCCGAACCAUGUAUCAGGGAAGAAUAUGCCUGGAGGCCCCGUCCCCGGCGGAACUCGUGUCUCUGUCCACCACUACGCCACCUACCGGAACGCCGAUAACUUCCGUGAUCCCAACAGCUUUGUCCCUGAGCGUUGGCUCAAUGACCCUGCCUAUAGCGGCGACAACCGUGAGUGCUGGCGCCCCUUUGCCUUCGGACCUCGGGACUGCCUGGGUCAACUCAUGGCCAUGAGGGAGACGCAGCUCAUCCUUGCUCGUCUCUUGUUCGAGUUUAAUAUAGAAAUUUGUGACGGUGUAGCGGGCGCUUCGGACUGGGAUGAUCAAAAUGCCUAUGUGCUUUGGGAGAAAAAGCCGCUCAUGUGCCGACUCACAUUAGCAUCCGGUCACUCAUCUUCCCCCUGA